AGGAGAUAAUUAUGUUCCUGUUAUUCCUGAAGAUCAAAAUAUGUUUACUGAGCCUAUUGCAACUGAGGCUGAAGAAGAUAACUCCAACGAUGUUGUUGGUGAACUACAAAAGGGACUACAAACUGAUCCUGUAAUGAAUGUUGUGGCUGAGUUGAAGGAGGGUACCGAAGAAGAACACAUGUAUGAGGACUGUCCCACUCCCACAGAUCUUUUGAUCUCCUUGAAUGAGGUGGGAGAUGACUCUGCUUUGACACCCCACGCUCCUUUUGCAAACUUGGAUUGGGACCUUGGUGAUGAAGUUGGAACCGGCGGUGUAGACAUGAUGGCCCUCGAAGAAGCUACUAUGAAAGAAGUGAGGAAGAGAAAGAGGUUGCCAUCAAAGUACAUUUGCAGCCCAUUCAUAGCUCCCGCCGCAAAGAGGGCUAAGGUUGGAGGCACCAAUACCCGAGCUCUACCACAACAAAGUGAUGAAGAAUGUCAAUCCUUCAAGGCAUGGGUGGAGGAAGAUGAUGAGGUUGAACCGUGCGUAAUUGAGAUAGCUAUCCCAUCAUCUUACCCGACAAAUAGGGCCUUCUUCCGAGAACUGAUUGAUGAAACCGGAUGGCUAAGCAGCCAGUACCAACUUUUACGGAAGAAUAUAGAUGACGAUUCACAAUGGAGUGGGGAUCGAUUGCUUAACAAAAUGGACUGGAGCCGGUAUGAUAAGGUGUUCAUGCAAUUGCACAGUGAUGGAAAACACUGGGUGCUGUCUGAAAUUGACCUUGUCAAUAGAAUCGUACGGGUAUACGAUUCUAUGAAGACCCGUAGGUUAGUUGGAUCUGUGAGACUGUUGUGUGUGAGACUUCCACACCUGUUUCGAGUCAUAAAAUGCAACCCUGCUCUAAGCGCCACAGCAAAUUCACAGCCUUGGAGAGCGGAGGCAGUGGACGAUGUUCCACAACAGCACCCCGGGUCCGGUGUUUGCGGCGUCAUGGUUAUGGCCUUUGCCAAAGCACUCUUACAGAAGUUGCCAUUGCUGCCCGAGUGUGCGUAUGAGAACAUGGCAGCGAAAAGAUGUGAAUUC